AUGGACCCACUCAAAACCAUGAACCUCAUCCCAGUGAAGCCCUUCCACGGGAGAUCCAAUGAAUGCGUCGACGACUUCAUCGAAUCUAUCCUCCUAUACUUCUCCUCGCGCCCCAUGACAGAACUCUACCCUACCGAGGAGCAACAAAACAGGGCAAAGCUAGUCCUUCUUAAGCACAAGCUCAUGGGUAAAGCCGCCACAUGGGCAUUCUACCUGCCCGACGAUGUCCGGUUCUCGUGGGAAAAGAUGAGCAAAGAACUGAAGCAGGAGUACGAUGGCCCUAGAAGAAGAAGACUGGAAAAGAUGGAGAACGCAGAGUGGGGGAUCAUGGUGUUGAGGCAGGGAAAGCUCUCGCUGAAGCAAUAUAUUAGAAAGACCACUCGCAUUAGGUCUCAUCUACCUCGAUAUGGAUCAUGGGAUCACAAUGCAGCGGGUUAUUUCAUCAGGGGCAUCGAAGAUAUGAACACUAGACUCUGCAUUAUUCAAAUCGGCGACUUAGUGCCGGAUGCGUAUACACUAUCUGAAGCAAUUGAAGCGGCCAGAUCUUUCCUGCGACGACGCAAGUGGGAGAAGCAGAUGGAGGGGGGACGGAGAAGCCGACGAACCGUCAUACUCGAACAUGAAGAGCAGCAGUAG